AGGUGACUAUGAAAGUGCUGCUGGGAGCAUGAGCUGUGACUGAAUCUGACCCCUGACCUCUGACCUCUGACCGUGACCCCUGCACACGGACCCCUCAGACUUCUCAGGGCGCCUGCUCCUGUUCCUACACGCGGACCUCUGUUCCUCCGGUCCCUCAGUUCACCAAGGUGCAUAUUUAAAGUGCUAUUCUUUUCCCACGUCAAAGCCAAACCAACCAGGUGUUUUAAACGUAUUGAUGAAGGCGUGUGCUCUCUUGUGUAAUACCAGUGUAUUUACAGCGACAGAGCCUUGUUUCUCCCCUCGCCAUCGUUUGUCAGGACACUGGUUAAAUUAAACAGCUGGAUCCUCACUCGCACACGUGAUGUGAUGAUUCCAAAGCGGUCGGAUGUGUCUUAGUACUGAGACGUCAGUACAGCGUCAGUGCAAUAUUUCGGUGGAUAAGAGGUUCGUCACUCAGGAGCUGAUGGAUCCAAGAAGGGAGCGCUAGCGACCUGAUGGGAGGACCAAUGGGUUGCGGGUUCAAAUCCCACCGGGAAAGUGAAGUGACUGACGCUGAGUCUGUCUCUGAUCCUGGAGCAAAUGUGUGACACUUUCCCUCCCUCGUGAUAACAUUAUGACUGGCCCAACGGCUGCUGGGCGCCUGAAACCCCGCCCCCUCGGCGCCGCACCUGCAGAGGUGCUGCCGCCCGGCGCGCGUCCGGCGUCUCCUGCGACACGAGGCCCUUCAGAGUCAAUUCAGCUGCAGAUGGAGGCUUUUAAUAGCGACGCGGCGUAAUCCCACCUCUUCAAAAACCUCGCCGAGCCGCGUCCCGGCCCAAGAGGAUGGAAGCGAGCCCGUAAUCUCCCCGUGGCCUCUUUCUGCGCGCUCUAAGCCCUCGGCCGCCUCUCCGCGCGUCACAUCUGCAUUCCUCUGGAUGGGACCCAGCACAUAUGGGCUGCGUGAUUAUACGUGCUUCAGCCCAGCGCAGAGCGGAGCAGAGCAGGAGGCGAGGAUGCUCCCUGACAAUCAGCAGGUGCAUCAGCCGCUGCUCUCAGGUGAAACGAGGCUAAAGACGACGCUGUGCCAAAACCCCGCGUCAGCGAUUAGCGUCGGCACUCCGUGAGUCACGGUCGGCCGCUGACGCCUCGUUUGGAGUAAGAUGUGCCACCAGGCAGCAGACCUGCAGUCAGCGGAGGGAGCCGGAGCUUUGACUGCGGUGCCACAUAAACAUGAGGAUUAAUCCUUAAGCCCCACGGCGGAGGUUUGCUGCCGGCGUUUGGGCGUUAUCAGGCCUCGAGCAGCACAUGAGGCAGGAGAGCAGAUAACGGCACCGCACCGGACCGGACCGGCCCGGACCGGCCCGGUUCAACCGGUGGAUGGAUCACACGGCCCGGCGCUCACAGGUGCACAGCUAAUGAGACGUUCAAAGACCAGCCGGCUGCAGGUCGACCGGCGCGACGCUGCCGCUACACACGUUAGCGCUCAGUCCGGAACAGUGAGGGACGGACCGGAAUAUUAUGCAACGUCCAGGCCUGAUACGCUUAAAUGCUCUGUAUUCAACAAGCCAUUUCAUCUGCUGCUUUCAUACCACUGUUUAUUUCUAUAGCUCAGUGGCGGAUUGUUUGUGCCACAUGCACAUAAAUAUGUAAACAAGUAUAUACGUGUCAUGGAAGAAAUCCAGGUGAUGAUAAAUGAUGUGCAGCCUGUGGACGUAGCCCCUCCCAACCCGUCUCUCUCUCUCUCUCCCUGCCUCUCGCUCGCCCGCUCUCUGCCUUGUCCCUCUCCUCUCUCUCUCCCUCCCUCUCUCUCUCUCUCUCUCUCUCCGUGUGAUGCUGCAGCUCCUGUACUCUCUCCAUUCUCCAGUAAACAGCAGUCAUGGCGACAGUGGUCCAACCGCUCACCCUGGAUCGAGAUGUUGCCAGGGCGAUCGAGCUGCUGGAAAAGCUCCAGGAGUCCGGUGACGUUCCCGGUCACAAGCUCCAAUCUCUGAAGAAGGUGCUUCAGAGCGAGUUCUGCACAGCCAUCAGAGAGGUCUACCAGUACAUGCAUGAAACCAUUACGGUGAACGGCUGUCCAGAGUACCAGGCGAGGGCCACGGCCAAGGCAACGGUCGCAGCCUUUGCAGCCAGUGAGGGUCACUCCCACCCGCGGGUGGUGGAGCUACCCAAGACGGAGGAGGGCCUGGGUUUCAACGUGAUGGGCGGCAAAGAGCAGAACUCGCCCAUCUACAUCUCCCGCAUCAUCCCUGGCGGCGUGGCCGAGAGGCACGGCGGCCUGAAGCGGGGGGACCAGCUCCUGUCCGUCAACGGGGUGAGCGUGGAGGGCGAGCACCACGAGAAGGCCGUGGAGCUGCUGAAGGCCGCCAAGGACAGCGUGAAGCUGGUGGUCCGCUACACCCCCAAAGUGCUGGAGGAGAUGGAGGCCCGCUUCGAGAAGCUGCGCACGGCCCGGCGGCGCCAGCAGCAGCAGCUCCUCAUGCAGCAGCAGCAGCAGCAGAACCUGGCCUCCCAGCAGAACCACAUGUCGUAGGUUGUUCCAGAAGAAGAAGUGAAGGAGCACAGAGGUGGUUCUCAGACCAUCGACCUGUGUUGAAGAUCCCAAAGGAAUCUCUCUCUGUGUCGCUCGCGGAGGGACGCGACGCCUAGAAGACUCUUUCACCUCCUGUCCUCCUUCCAGAACCGCAGAUUACUGAGCAAAAACUAAGAUGUUUGUCCUGAAACUGGUGCUUUGGGGGUCGAGCACUGGAAGUGGUCCGUUUGAACUCUGUUCCCUUUUUCUGAGUUGUGUCCCAGCUGUGACUCUGACCGGAUCUUCCUUGUGUUGGUUUUUUACCGUUGCUUCAUUGACCCAUCCUGCUGCGGCUCCUUGGCCGUUUGCCAUAGAUAUCAUUUGUACAGUGGUGUUUCUAUUGAUUCUUCAGCUGGUGCUUGUGUCUCUUUAUGAACCACCAUCAUUUUUCUUUUGGUUGUUGUUGAACUCGUCCUGUUUCGGAUAAACGUGAACCUUUUUUUUACCUUCUAUAUUGUAGCAGGAGAGGAUUUUGUACUUGUAGGUUUAGCAAUAACAGCCGUUCUCCAGUGUCACGUUUCAGCUAAAUUCAGAAUUGGAUGCGAACAAUGAAAACAAGAGUUCGAGCAGCUGGGUCUUAUGCACUGUAAGGCAGCUUCUGAGGCCAAAUCUCUCCUCUGUGCCAUUUCAAGAGAUUAACGAUUCACAGCCGGCACCACCAACGUGCAAUAACUUCAAUUCAAGUCAGAUUUAUCCAGACACCUGAUCUUCCCUGACACUCUGACCGCUCACCUCUCUUCACCGCGGGCGGUGAGCGGCGGAACCUCUCUGACCAAUCGGCCACCGGCUGACCCGGCAUUAGAACUGGAGGAAGAAGUCUGUGUGUGACGGUUUACAUCGCCGGCGUGGACAGCGCUCCCCUGAUGCCGAGGCCUCCUCCAGCAGGAAGAUGCUUCAGGACGGUUUGCGGUCCAAUCCGUCACCUGAGCAGUCCAAUCUGUGAACCCAACCGGAUCUGCUGCCGUCUGGUACCAGAUACCACAGCACAAGGCAGGUGUUCGUAACGUUAGGCCCGAUCGGUGGACGAUGAACCUUCAGAUAUUUCAGCCACAUCCUCCCGACAAACAGAAUGUCGCCAGGUUCCAUUUGAAGUGGGAGCUGAUCAUCAGCUGUUAGAAUGUUUAUUUUUCACCAGGUUUAUGUUAUAGUUUAUGAGAUUUAACAGAUUUAUUGAUCCUUCUUGACGUGACGUUUUCUUUCCAAGACGUGCAGAUUAUUAUUUAAAACCUCUUUGUUGUUCAACAGCUGAUAACUAGUUCAUGUGCAGUUUGGUUUUAAGAGUCAGUGUGAAGCGUUACUCAUCAACGUUAUGAGUAGAAUGUUCGAUCCCCUUCUCUUCCUCCGUACCUGUGAGGGAAUCUGUUCUGACACAUCUGGGCUUUCUCCCCCUUCAUCUCCAUCUUCGGUGCUAAUACGUCCCGUGGGUUUGUCUCAGACCCUUGUUUGUUUACUCCUGUGUGACUUAGCCCUUCGACUGUUUCUUUGCCUUUUCAUCGCAAGCAAACGUAAAAACACAGCCAGAUGUAAAUGAUGCAGCCACGUUGCACCUUGAUUUCUUCAUUAAAUGCGGUUGUGGCGCACGUUUUUUCAUCUUUAGCUUGAAUCAUCUGUGAUUUACGUCACAUCUCAUUGUACAAACAACCGUUUCUACCCAUGAAGUCACUUAAUGCCAAAACUUCUGUAUCAGGUGACUUUACGUGUCCAACAUUCACUCACUCUUCAGAACACGUCAGUGUGACAGAUCCCUUUUUGUAUCAGGUACUUUCUUAAAUGACUGAUGGUCCUGUAUUUACUGUAACCAUGAAAAAAGACAGAAAACUGUUGAUAUGCAAUUGUUAUACAUACUAUAUUUGUAUAAAUAAAUCUAUGUGCUUGUGUACAGUGAACUGAA